UAAUGUAAGCAGAUUAAUAGUACCCUUAAAUAGAUGUUAAAGAAUUUAAAGCAUUUGCUGUUUGGAGAUGGAAAGCUGAAUAAGUAAUAAGAAUAAUUGAUAAUCAUAGUUAAAUUAAAAUUGUUGUUCAUGUAAAAAGUUAAUGACAGAACCAUGUAUUGAUUGUGAAGUGAUUAAUGAUUAAAAUGAAGAUCAAAAUAAAUGUAUAGCUGUUUAGAGUGGAAAUUGUGGUCAUGCUUUACAUUAGCAUUGUAUACGUAAAUGGAUUCAAACCAAAAGUUAAGGUGGAACAUAAGGUACAUGUCCAAUGUGUGACUUAAGUUGGGAAAUCACAAAUGAAGUUGAAUUAUAGAAUUGAUAU